CGAAAAGUAUGAGACAUACAACGUGGCCCCACUGUCCCAGUAACUGAUUUUCUUUUUCAUUUCUUAAAAUAUAAAUAAUAAACAAAUAAUCUUCAAUUCCUUCGGCUUUAGAAUAAAAAACAAGGAAAAUGUGGAAAACCCUCGAAUCCUUCCCGAGUUGCUAACUUCCCAUCAAUUGCUAUCUCCUUUGACUCAACCCUUCCCAAACAAUUAACAAAAAAAAGAAAAAAAACUGAUCCAUUUCAUUCUUUCAAUUCUCAGGUGUAUAGAGAAUGACCAGUGGUUUUGGGGAAUCAACAAGCAUACCGCCCCCAAGUCCUUCUUGCUCGGGUAGUGAUGCUGGUGAUUUCGAAUGCAAUAUCUGCUUCGAAUUAGCUCAAGACCCGAUCAUCACUCUUUGUGGUCAUCUCUUCUGUUGGCCAUGCCUAUACAGAUGGUUGCACCAUCACUCGCAUUGUCAAGAAUGCCCGGUUUGCAAGGCCCUCAUAGAAGAGGAAAAACUCGUCCCUCUUUAUGGCAGGGGCAAAAAUCAGACUGAUCCACGUUCAAAAUCAUAUCCGGGCAUAGAAAUCCCAAAUCGUCCAGCAGGGCAAAGACCGGCAACUGCUCCUCCUCCUCCCCCAGAAAGAAAUCAGUUUGCCAAUUACGGGUUUGGAUCGAUGGGGGGGUUUGUUCCAAUGGCCACUGCAAGGAUUGGUAACUUCACAAUGGGUUUUGGAGGCCUAUUGCCAUCCUUGUUUAAUAUUCAGUCUCAUGGAUUUCCAGAUGCCACUGUGUAUGGAACAACCUCUGGAUUUCCUCAUGGUUUCAAUACAGUUCAUGUUGGUCAUGCUCAAGGGUUUCCCCAGCCAACGACUCGGGGACAGCAGGCAGACAAUGUUUUGAAAAAUCUUCUUUUGUUGAUUGGGGUCUUUGUGGUUCUUGCUCUGCUUUGUUGGUGAAAUAGUUUGCCAGUUAAGCCCUUAGUGCCGGUUGUUUAGUGUCUGUCUCUGUGUAAAUGUUAGCUGCAUUGGCAAUUAUGUUUUGGCUUGAGAAAAAGUCGUCUAUAUGAUACUUUGUUAUUUUUGUUCCAUUUAGCAUCAGCAUCUGCAACAACUUACACCAGUGUUAAUUUCUCUUUCCAAAAUAAAACAAGUGAAGGUUAUAUAUAUAUAUAUACAUACAUGGAGACAUUGUGUCGAUUAGCUGCUUGGCUGUUCCAUAUGUAGCUGGUUGGUAGAAUAUAAUCACAACUAGUAGUUGAAGAAGUGAUUGUAGAUAGCCUAUUAUACUUUGUGGCAUGGAAAACUAGUUGUUCUUCCUCUAAAAGUGAAAAUGAAAUGAAAAACUAGCAGUUGAAGAAGUGGUUGUGCAUAGCCUAUUAUACUGUGGCAUGGAAAACUGGUUCUUCUUCCUCUAUAUGUGAAAAUGAAAUGUUCUAGUAAGUCGUAUGCUAAAGUGUAUCAUCUUGUCCAAUAACCGAGUUUGAAUCAGGUGACAUUCCUGAGAAUGUUGUUGUCAAUGGUGGGGAGAAUGACAUUUUUUAUCUUGGCACUUUUUAAGGUUCGCAAAUUAUAUCUCCUUUGGCUAUAGUCCACAUAUGGUGUUGCACUGACGAUUUUUUCCUUUUUUUUUGUUGUUCUUGUAUGGCUUCACCUUCUCCAACAUACCUUUUGAUAAUAGAAACUUCCUCAACAUCGGUGGAUCUAUUUAUUAAUAGCUAGUUUAAGGUUUUGGAAUUCGUUUAACCGAAGUCUUAUAGAUCAUUAUAAAGUCAAACAUGAUCAGGCGGUAUAUCAGAUCAAAUGUUGAGACAUUCUUAAAUUGUCAUUUGGUGUGAAUCAUGUUAGAAUCAUUAAAAGGAACAGCUGAAUUUUACUUGGUAUUUUUCUUUUGGGCAAUCCAAUUGUUGGACAUCUUUGGUUGGACACAAUAGGUGUUGAACAUGGAUACAUGCCUCCGAUUAGCCAAUUAUUGGACAUCCUGGAUUCAUCAGAUAACCAUAUUGAACAUGAGUUUGCGUCUGGCACUGAAACCUCUAGUUUUUAACUUUUAAAGGAAGGGGACGUU